AUGAAACACUUAGAACCAGUCUAUCUCAUGAAUGUAAUCCUCUAUUUGGAUUCCAUUUCAACAGCAACGAAAUUACUUUAUGUAUCUCAUUCUACUCAAUCUGCAAUAGCACGUCUUAAGACAAAUCCAACAUUUCCAAACACAUCAAUUAUAUCUUUAUCAACCAUUUUCAACUAUUUUCCAGGUCUUGAGCAAUUGUCAUACCCAUACUCGUCUCUACAUUAUCAGUUGACUCCACAACUUUUUAAUAAAUUUGAAACAUAUGAAUCUCAAAACAAGAACGAGAUGACGUCAAUACCUUCAACACCAAAAAAGAUCUUCCUCAAAAUGCGAACUCUUUCAAUCGACGUUGGAGUGUUUCUUUCUGAAAAUUCGGUUGUCACAUCAAACAAUUUCCCACGUCUUGAACAACUGAAACUCUUUGUUCCUAAAAAUUUUGGUCUUCCAGACUAUCAAUUGGGUAUAGCUGCUAAGAAAUUUGAAUCACUUUUGCAGUGUCGAUUACUUCAGAAAAUAUAUAUAGUAGUUGCCACAUUGGACGACUUCGAGUUAUUUGUGCAAUUGACUCUUCUUGGAGGACUUGAAAGACGUCGAGUCGUGUUUGAUUUCCCUGAUUUUGUCGACUCCCCUCUUAUGCAAAAAUUUCCCGAAAAUUGGGCCGUAGUCACUUCAGUUUUAAAUCAGAAUAUUUUUAGUUCAAAUAACCGUGUAAUAUUCAGAAAUAAAGACCCAAAAAAUAUGAUCAGGUUUUCUGUUAAUGGUCUUUUUAACAAGGAAAUUAAUGUAUUAAACACCAUUCCAACCAUCAAAGUACUCAGUCUGGGGUUGUUCAAAAAGUGCAAGUUAGAGAGUAACGUUGUCGAUUUGACGUCUUUUGUUUUUCUAGUUAAACUUGAAUUGACUGCAAAAGUUGGGUAUCCUGUUGAAAAGGUACUUCUCCCACCAAAUUUGGAAUCAUUCAAGUUGAUUGGCUGUGUCAAUGAAAUUGAUUUUAGUACCAACAAGGUGAACAGUAUAGAGGUGGAUGGACACAUCUCAUACAUUAAAAUUAAUGAGUGUGUGAAUUCAAUCAGUUACACAUAUAGUAACAUGUACAAUCGAUCUGAUAAUACAUGUACAAUUACUGUUGAUAAAAAGAUUGACGUUUUAGAGUUAAAACCCGUAGACCGUGUAUCUAUAAACGACAAACUCAACUUAAUUUUUAAGGGCGAAGAAAUAUCAAACAUCAGAAUUCCUUCAAUGCGUUUUUUCGAAGCAAUUGUUAAUGUUAAAAUGGAUGUAAAAAAUAGAAUAAAGCGCCUUGAGAUUUGUCAAGGAGAUUACUGGAAUGUUCAUCUAAAUGUCGAUAUUGUAACAAAGAAAAUAAAUCCAAUGGAUUUUAUUUUAGAAUUUAAUGAAACGUGUUUUCAUAAUAAUUUUGAUAUCAAAGGUUGUGACAUAGAAAACAUCACACUUAUUAACAAAAAUCCAUUUAUACCAUACAAUUCUACUAUAUAUGGAAUUGAUCUUCCAAAAACAUUAAAAACUUUAAAAUUGAUUAAUUACAGUAAAGAAGUUGAUAAAAUCAGGUAUUUGUGGCUGAUGAAUUCAAAAGAUAUAAAACCUUCAUUUUUAUCACAAUUCUUCCAUACCAAAAAACCUUUAAAAGAUACUACAAAUUGA